CCGACCCCCAUCAGGAUUCCAGGUCCUUGCGAAGGGCGCUCCAAGCGACAGAGUUCCAACCGAAUACGCCUCUCUAGUCCGCCGAGGGUGAGCCGUGUAGGGUAAAAGUCCGCUCUACGUGGGCUGUCGCGGUGCCCUGCAAAGAGACCGGAACAAGCGCGCCCCGCUCCGGAAGUGAGCGGCUUCUGCCGCGGUGCAUUGUGGGGGGCGUAGUCCUCUUUCCCAGGCGGUCCUUCGCGGCGUCCCUGGGGCCCACUCUGGAGCGCAGGCGGGCGGCUGGGCGGCUGGCUCGGCGCGGGCCGACGGGAGGCGUAUUCUGGGCACGGGGCGCCGGGCCAGGCCGGCCGCGCCGGGCGGCAGUAGUGGGAGGCUGCCGAAGGCCUCGCGCGGUGCCGCCCGUCGAGGGGCGGGCGGCGGCAUACCGACCGGGCCGUCGAAAGGCUCAGAAGGCCGGUGGGCUGGGCCGGGCCGCGCGGCGCAGCCAUGCCUGGCUUUACGUGCUGCGUGCCAGGCUGCUACAACAACUCGCACCGGGACAAGGCGUUGCACUUCUACACGUUUCCCAAGGACGCUGAGCUGCGGCGCCUUUGGCUCAAGAAUGUGUCCCGUGCCGGCGUCAGUGGGUGCUUCUCCACCUUCCAGCCCACCACGGGCCACCGUCUCUGCAGCGUUCACUUCCAGGGCGGCCGCAAAACCUACACGGUGCGGGUCCCCACCAUCUUCCCGCUGCGCGGCGUCAACGAGCGCAAAGUAGCACGCAGACCCGCGGGGGCCGCAGCCGCCCGCCGCAGGCAGCAGCAGCAGCAGCAGCAGCAACAGCAGCAGCAGCAGCAGCAACAGCAACAACAACAACAACAGCAGCAGCAGCAGCAGCCGUCGCCGUCCGCCUCCACUGCCCAGACCGCCCAGCUGCAGCCGAACCUGGUAUCUGCUUCUGCGGCUGUGCUCCUCACCCUUCAGGCUGCUGUGGACAGCAGCCAGCCUCCGGGAUCCGUGCCUCCGGCUCCCACCACUCCCACGGGAGAAGAUGUGAAGCCCAUUGACCUGACGGUGCAAGUGGAGUUCGCGGCCGCAGAGGGCGCAGCCGCCGCGGCCGCUGCGUCGGAGCUAGAGGCUGCUACAGCAGGGCUGGAGGCCGCCGAGUGCCCCAUGGGCCCCCAGUUGGUGGUGGUCGGGGAAGAGGGCUUCCCUGAUACUGGCUCCGACCACUCGUACUCGUUGUCGUCAGGCACCACAGAGGAGGAGCUCUUGCGCAAGCUGAACGAGCAGCGGGACAUCCUGGCGCUGAUGGAGGUGAAGAUGAAGGAGAUGAAGGGCAGCAUCCGUCACCUGCGUCUCACCGAAGCCAAACUCCGUGAAGAACUACGCGAGAAGGAUAGGCUGCUGGCCAUGGCUGUCAUCCGCAAGAAGCACGGAAUGUGAACGAGUCCCCUUUCGGCCUUCGGGACUCCCAGACUCCUGCCAGCUUAGAGGGACCUGAGGCCACCGCUGUUGAACUCCCUCAUACUCCUGGGGCACUGGUUGGCAGUACUGAGCCUUAGGGCAGCUGGACUCUUUUGCUGGUGACCAAGCACCCUCUCUUGUUUCUUCCUGAAGCAAGGUCCUGAAGUCUGGGAUCUCAGACUCUGCACUGGUGACACCAGCAAUUAUGACUUUGUCUACCCCUCCCUACCUUCACUCCCCAACCCCAAGUUUAUGUUGCAGGUUCUGGUUAAGCAGAGGCUUCAGAACCACUGAACUUGAAACUUAUCCCCUAGGGAUGCAGGCGAGAUGCCCAAGGACUGUGGCUUUGGGAAAACAACUGAACCUUGAGUUUGGCCGGCAAUCAGAGACAACUCUUCUGUGUGUAGUGAUAAGAGAUCCAAGUAACAUCAGUUCUACUUUUUGUGCUUUUCCUUCCCAGGUGCAGCCUGUGAUUCUGAUGGGGACUGGCAGAUCUGUGCCUCUGCCUCCUAGGACCUCCCUCCCAGGAGGCCAUCGACAAGGGGAUCUAGGUGACCUGUUGAUGGAGAUCCAGCUUGCCAGGGACUUAGGUCUAUCCUGUUAUGUUUGCUACUGGUUACAAAUUCUAUUUUCUGUACAAUUAGUCAGACUAAAGUUUUCACUGUGUUUGUUUGGCAAAACAGAUUAAACAGAAAGUAAGGUUUUUA